UAUAAUUUAAUUUAUUUUUUUUCCCCAAAAACCAAAUCCUAACUCCCAGUUUUGUCUCUCCACCCCCUCUCUCCCAUGAGCCAGAGAGCUCAAAUCCCUCCAAAUCAAGCAAUCAAUUUAUGCAAUCACUAAGACCACUCUUAACCAUGAAGAGACAGAGACCCAAGCCACCACUCACCCCUCCUUCGACCCCUCCAACCCCGCAAACCCUCCACAGAACUCUCCAUUCCAACACCACCCCCAAAUCAAUCUCACACUCCAUAAAAAAACCCAGAAACAUCCUCACCAGUCUCAAACCCUCAAAAUCACCACAACCCACAAGGCCAUCCUCACCAGACCACCAAGCCCUCAAAUGGGUGCCUCUCAAUAUCGGAAAAUCGGAGCUUUUCUUGCCUCUCACUUUCCCAACUGGUCAAACCUUCAGGUGGAAACAAACAGGGCCUUUUCAGUACACAGGCGUUGUCGGGUCCCAUUUGGUGUCCCUCAAGGAGGUGGAUAAUGGCGAUGUUGCUUAUUGUUUUCAUCACACAGCAUGUGAGGAGAGUGCUAGGUUGGCUUUGUUGGAUUUUCUCAAUGUGGGUAUUUGUUUGGGUGAUCUGUGGGAGGCGUUUUCGGCUUCCGAUUCGAGGUUCGCCGACUUGGCGCAGUGUUUGGGCGGUGCUCGAGUGCUCAGGCAAGACCCACUUGAGUGCCUCAUUCAGUUUCUCUGUUCAUCUAACAACAAUAUUCGGAGAAUUACUGGGAUGGUCGAUUUUGUUUCAUCAUUAGGGAAGUGUUUGGGGACGGUUGAAGGUUUGGAAUUCCACGAAUUCCCAUCUUUGGACAGGCUAUCUCAAGUUUCUGAGAUGGAGCUCAGAGAGGCAGGUUUUGGUUACAGGGCUAAAUACAUAAUUGGCACUGUGGAUGCUUUGCAAUCAAAACCUGGUGGAGGUGUGGAGUGGCUAAUGUCUCUCCGGGAAUCAGAUCUAUCAGAGGUGAUAGAUGCUCUCUCUACUCUACCUGGUGUUGGUCCAAAGGUGGCAGCCUGCAUUGCUCUCUUCUCACUUGAUCAGCAUCAUGCCAUUCCAGUUGAUACUCAUGUGUGGCAGAUUGCAACUAGAUAUCUCAUCCCCGAGCUUGCAGGUGCCCGGCUGACACCUAAACUUUGCAGUCGCGUGGCAGAUGCAUUUGUGAGCAAAUAUGGCAAAUAUGCUGGUUGGGCUCAAACCCUGCUUUUCAUUGCUGAAUUACCUUCACAAAGGGCUCUACUACCCUCAAGUUUUCAAACGACAAAGGAAAAGAAACCUGCUAAAAGAAAAGAUGCCAAAACAGUAGUAGCUGAAGCAUAGCCAAAAAAGAGCCAUGAUCUACAGAAGGAGAUUAGAGAGGAAGAGGCUUGUAGAAGUUAUAAUGCCUUGCAGGAAAGGAGUAUGGAAAAAUGAUUCUUUCUUGGUGGAAUUUGCGAUACUGGUUGGAGAUUAAAGUGGAUGCAACACGGAAGCAGGUGGCAUUUCGUGAGCAUAUUUUACUUCAAUCUCAUCCUCCUUUCGCAGCAGAUUUUCUGUAUUGAGCUAAUUAAAAUGUGAUAUAACUACGAGCUAAAUUUGUGCAAAUUAGACCUUGAAUAUGGUCAAACUGUGUCAUAUGCAGAGAUAGAUAUGCAUUCUGAACUCUGUAAUUCUUUUAAUUUAAUACACUCGACGAAGCACUUUUUUUCUUUUCUUGUUUUUUAAAUAUCCAAAACUGCAUCUUCUCACUUUGUAAACUGUUAAUCCUAUUAGCGAUAUCUUCUGUCAUCUUAUUGACC